UCUCCGACUUUCUCAACUUGGAACUCCAUAAUCUCCCCCAAAAGAAACCCCGAAUUAUUUCGUGAACAUGAGAGAAAGCCUGUUUCUUUGUAACUUUAGCUUGCCAGGUUUUGAUUUCACAGAUUUUUUUUUCUUCUGAUUGGGUUUUGCAGAUUUGUUUACUAUUAUUUCUUCUUCUUUGGUUUGGUAAACCGUCUCUGUUGUUCUGUUGAGAGAACCGGCGCUCAUUGACCUGGAUUUCUGUAGAGAAUGGUUGCGCCGGAGGACGGUGGAAAGUCGAAGGCGGCGGCGGUGACGGACCAAACGGAUUCUGAAAGAGACGAUCAGCAAUGGAGGCAAGUUUUUGAAGAUGGUUCCAUGUCGAGUAGGCCUCUGAAGAAGAUGAAAAGUCCUGAACACAAAAGCUCUGUUCAAUUUCAAUCUCAAUCUCUUCCGUUCCCGUCAUCCAUGGCGGCUUAUCCUCCUCCUCCUCCUCCGCCGUCUUCAUCUUCAACUUCAUCUUCGAGUUCGAGGCUUGUUUUUCCGUUUGCUUUGGACGGAGCGGAGCAAUCCAUGGAGAGAUUACAACAACUGAGAUGGAACAAUAGGAACGCGAUUCCUUUGCUCAAUACGGCGGCGUAUCAGAAUCAGCAGAGUAUGGUUUCGUUUCUGCGCCAACGGAACGCGGAUUUUCCGCCGUAUUUUGCGGGGGAUUCGGUUCCGUUGCAGCAGCACCAGCAGCAGCUUUUGAGGUAUUGGAAUGAUACUUUGAAUUUAAGCCCGCGAGGGAGGUUAGGGCAGAGGCCGCCGGCGGCGGCGAUGCCGGUUUCGACGACGAAGCUCUACCGGGGAGUGCGGCAGCGGCACUGGGGGAAAUGGGUGGCGGAGAUUCGCUUGCCGAGAAACAGGACUCGCCUCUGGCUCGGCACCUUCGACACGGCGGAGGAAGCCGCCAUGGCGUAUGAUCGCGAGGCUUAUAACCUCAGAGGCGAGAAUGCUCGGCUCAAUUUCCCGGAACUCUUUCUCGGAAAAGACAAAGAUCCAUCCCCGUCGGAAAACACUCCCGGCAGCCCUAAAUCUCCGCCGCCAGAGGCUGAACCACCGCCACCGCCUCCUCCGCCUCCUCCUCCUGAGAAAAAGGACGACGACGAUGACGAAGCUAAAAAAAACUCUGAGACUGCGGCAGCGGCGGCGGCGGCGGAGCAAUCGUCUGAAUUUAUGUGGGGAGAAAUGAAUGAAGAAUGGUUAAACGCAAUACCAGCGGGUUGGGGUCCAGGAAGUCCAGUUUGGGAUGAUUUAUACAUCACAAACAAUCAUUUCAUGCCAUUUAAUCUUCCCUUUUCCAAUCUUCAUCACCAAGAACCUCAGCAUUCUAAUGAUCCUCAAAAACAAGACAAUUCUACUGCUCCAUCUUCUUCUUCUUCCUCCUCCUCUUCAUGCCCUGCAAAACCCUUUUUCUGGAAAGAUCAAAACUAAAAAACCUGAAUCCUUCUACCUUACAGAGUUACAGUUACAUUAGCGGUUCGUUUACCAUCAGUCCAGAAUGCUAAAGUUCUAAACAAUUUCUAUCAAAUAUGGAGUAACAUAUUACAAGCGUUACAUUAGCCCUGAGCAAUCUGCUUACCAACAGUCUCGAAUGCUGAGUUCUAAACAAUUUCUAUUAAAUAUGGAGUAGCAUAUAUAUUACAUGCGUUUAGCUGAAGUUACAUUAGCAGUUCACUUACCAACUGUCUGGACCUGAGAUAGUAGCAUAUUACGCCUUAGCCAAGAGUUUUUAGUUGCAGGUGAUCUCAUCAUUCAAAAACCAGAAGUUCAAGAGUGGCAUGCAUAUAUGGAAGGAGGCAGUCCUUCCAUACAAGCCAAGUUUUAAUCUGCAAUCAUUGAGUUCUGUACUAGUCUGAGGUUUAUUAAAUUUUGAGGUCACAUUAAUACUGCACCAAUCUUUGUCUGGUUUUCUGCAGUUAUAUCAUAGUUUUUUCCCAUUUUUUCCCCA